AUGACAGAAAUGAGAAGCCCGCUAUCUGGUUUUAUGUUUAAGCUUUUCAUGUUCCAGUUUUUAUGCAAUUUCUUUGAUUAUAUCCUUGUUGAAUUCCAACAGUUCUAUGGCAAGUUUGGAUGGUUUUUGUUCGUUCACACUAAGGCUGAAAAAUAUAACGAAAAUGAUGAUGCCAAAAUUUUCAGUGAGGACGUUUACUGCGAGGCUUGCAUCCGAAAUGAAGGAGCUUUAUUUGAAGAUGAUAUUAACAUAGUGUUUACGAAACUUGAAAUGAAUAGCAGUACUAACAGUCAUUUCAACAACAAAGAAGAAUAUGAUGGUAAAUUAUGUAGACGUUGUAGGAUACUGGAAGACACUUUAAGUUUGUUGGAGGAAGAAGAUGCAACUGUGGAAGAACUGGAAGAAGCUUUUAGAAUGUUCGAUAAGAACAGUGAAGGAUAUAUUGAUGCAAGAAAGUUGCAAGUAAUUAUGUGCAAAUUGGGAUUCAAAGAAGGAGAAAAGUUGGAAGAUUGUGAAAGGAUGAUUAGCGUUUUUGAUGAAAAUGCUGACGGCAGGAUUGAUCUGUUUGAGUUCAGGAAAAUGUUAGAAGCAGUCGAAUAA